GCGGCGGAGCCGGGGCUGCGGCUCGAGGCGCGGAUCCUGCCGUUCCGUGCGCGCGAGGCGCGACCCCAGAGAAGCGCCCACAGCCGGGGGCGGUGCGCACGUUCUCGCCGGCGCUCUCAGCGGUGCUUUCUGCCCGAGACGCCUUGCACCUCUUCAGCUCAAAGAUUUUCCGAUACAAUGGCAACUCCAAGGGGAAGAACAAAAAAAAAGGCAUCUUUUGACCAGUCCUCCGAUAACCUUCCUUUGAGGAGCUCCGGUAGGCAGGCGAAGAAGAAAGCAACGGAGACGACAGAUGAGGAUGAAGACGGUGGGUCAGAGAAGAAGUACAGGAAAUGUGAAAAGGCUGGCUGCACCGCAGCGUGUCCUGUGUGCUUUGCAAGUGCUUCUGAAAGAUGUGCCAAGAACGGCUACACCUCCCGGUGGUAUCACCUCUCCUGUGGGGAGCAUUUCUGUAAUGAAUGCUUUGACCAUUACUACAGAAGUCAUAAGGAUGGCUAUGACAAAUAUACUACGUGGAAAAAAAUAUGGACUAGAAAUGGCAAAACUGAACCUAGUCCCAAAGCUUUCAUGGCAGACCAACAACUCCCCUACUGGGUUCAGUGUACAAAACCUGAGUGUAGAAAAUGGAGGCAGCUUACGAAGGAAAUCCAGCUUACUCCACAGAUAGCAAAGACUUACCGAUGUGGUAUGAAACCAAAUACUACUGUUAAGACCGAGACCUCAGAUCAUUGUACCCUCCCAGAGGAUCUAAGAGUGUCAGAAGUUUCUGACCAUUGGUGGUACUCCAUGCUCAUCCUACCUCCUCUGCUGAAAGACAGCGUGGCGGCCCCCCUGCUGUCUGCCUACUACCCCGACUGCGUGGGCAUGAGCCCUUCCUGUUCCAGCACGCACCGCACAGCCAGCGAUGCCAGCUCUGGGAAGCUGGAGCACUCAAAGGCAGUGCCCUCCGUGCUUGUUCCAGGCAUGAACCGAUACUUCCAGCCCUUCUACCAGCCCAACGAGUGUGGCAAAGCCCUGUGUGUGAGGCCAGACGUGAUGGAGCUGGAUGAACUGUACGAGUUCCCAGAGUAUUCCCGAGACCCCACCAUGUACUUGGCUUUGAGAAACCUCAUCCUUGCCCUGUGGUAUACUAACUGCAAAGAAGCUCUUACUCCUCAGAAAUGUAUUCCUCACAUCAUCGUCCGGGGCCUUGUGCGCAUUCGAUGCGUUCAGGAAGUGGAGAGGAUACUUUACUUUAUGACGAGGAAAGGUCUGAUCAACACAGGAGUUCUGAGUGUCAGCACUGACCAGCAUCUUCUUCCGAAAGAUUACCACAAUAAAUCAGUCAUUGUUGUUGGAGCUGGUCCAUCAGGAUUAGCAGCUGCAAGGCAACUACAUAACUUUGGAAUUAAGGUGACUGUCCUAGAAGCCAAGGACAGAAUUGGUGGCCGAGUGUGGGAUGAUAAAUCUUUUAAAGGCGUAACGGUUGGAAGAGGAGCCCAGAUCGUCAACGGCUGCAUUAACAACCCCGUAGCACUAAUGUGUGAGCAACUUGGCAUCAGCAUGCAUAAAUUUGGAGAGAGAUGUGACUUAAUUCAGGAAGGUGGAAGAAUUACUGACCCCACUAUUGACAAGCGCAUGGAUUUUCAUUUUAAUGCUCUCUUGGAUGUUGUCUCUGAGUGGAGGAAGGAUAAGACUCAGCUCCAAGAUGUCCCUUUAGGAGAGAAGAUAGAGGAGAUCUACAGAGCUUUCAUUAAGGAGUCUGGUAUCCAGUUCAGUGAGCUGGAAGAACAGGUGCUUCAGUUCCACCUCAGUAACCUGGAAUAUGCCUGUGGCAGCAACCUCCACCAGGUGUCUGCUCGUUCCUGGGACCACAAUGAAUUCUUUGCACAGUUUGCUGGCGAUCACACUCUCCUAACCCCGGGAUACUCUGUAAUAAUUGAGAAACUGGCCGAAGGACUAGACAUUCAGCUCAAAUCUCCAGUACAGAGUAUUGAUUAUUCUGGAGAAGAAGUGCAAGUUACUACUACAGAUGGCACAGUGUGCGUGGCACAAAAGGUGUUAGUCACUAUACCACUGGCCUUACUGCAGAAAGGUGCCAUUCAGUUUAAUCCACCACUCUCGGAGAAGAAGAUGAAGGCUAUCAACAGCUUAGGUGCAGGAAUCAUUGAAAAGAUUUCCUUGCAAUUUCCUUACAGAUUUUGGGACAAUAAAGUCCAAGGGGCUGACUUUUUUGGUCACGUUCCUCCUAGUGCCAGCAAGCGAGGGCUCUUUGCUGUGUUCUAUGACAUGGAUCCUCAGAAGAAGCACAGCGUGUUGAUGUCGGUGAUUGCUGGCGAGGCGGUAGCCUCUGUGAAGAGCCUAGAUGACAAACAGAUCCUGCAGCUGUGCAUGGCUACCCUCCGGGAGCUGUUUAAAGAGCAGGAAGUCCCAGAUCCCACAAAGUGUUUUGUGACUCGGUGGAGUGCAGACCCAUGGAUCCAGAUGGCAUACAGUUUUGUGAAGACAGGUGGCAGUGGUGAGGCCUAUGAUAUCAUUGCCGAAGAAAUACAAGGAACAAUCUUUUUUGCUGGUGAGGCAACAAACAGGCACUUUCCACAAACUGUCACAGGGGCGUAUCUGAGUGGUGUACGAGAAGCAAGCAAGAUUGCAGCGUUUUAAAUAGUUUGUCUGGACCCAGUUUUUUUCUGUCCCUGAAUGGGGAAGUUUGAAACACAUUAUACCCCAGUUUAAGAAAAAAAAAAAAAAAGAGCCCUCUGGAAAACAAAAUUGAAAUGUUUUAAGGUGAUAUGAUAAUGUAAACACAUUUCAGGCCGUUCUGAAAGCACUAGCCCCAAGAAUCUUUACAAGCACUUCUAUUUAAUUGCAUUUUCCACUUAACAGGUCCAACCAGUGCUAAAAGUCUUCUGGAUUUCAGGAGAGUAAAGCAGAAUAUAACCUUAAAUUAAGACCUUGGAUGUGACUCUUCCGUGGUUGGAGGUUCUCUUGACAUUUUGUUUGGCUACUCAGUUUUCACACAUUGAGAAACCACGUCAAACAAGCAGGAAUCAUGAAGAAACCAGAUAAAGCCAUGUUUUUCUUCUGUGACAAUUCAUCAGUAUCUUUACCAAUGAGCCUUAAAGUUUUUAUAUAGCUCCAAUAUUGAGCUUUUACUUAAAAUUUAGACAAUUUUUUUUGAUACAGUAGAAACUGCUUCAGUACAAAAGGUAAAAUGAAGCUUCUAGACUAUUUUCUAUUGUACAUAUUUAUUCCCACUGGGUGUUUAAAAGGAAUUUAAAUUCAGGUAUCUUAUGAUAAAAGUUUAGAUUUGUAUAUUCAUUGGCCAAACAGCAAAAUUUUCAAUCCCUUAAACAGAUGACGUAUUGUAUCAUCAACAAUGGGGUAGACAGUGUGGUCUUCAUACUAAAGACGGAUAUGGCUAUUUUUCAUAAAGCCAAAUUUGGGGGGGGGGUGCCACACUUUAAAUAUCCUUAUCUUUUGGCAGCCACUAGCAAAAAAGAUCUUGUAAAUUUAACAAAAGCCCCUCCCAGCUUCCCCUUUUUAAAACAACAGAUUCAAUUUGUAGGAAUGUUUUUUGCAGUUAUGUUUACAGUAUUCCAUAGGCAGGUCCAUGGGAAAACUGCAGAAAAAUGUGAAAUAUCCUGGUAAAUGAUACAUUUUAUAAGCCAUAUCUUAAAAGCCUGAGAACAUGGCAAACAUUUACUUGUUCCUUUUAUCACUCGUGACAAAACUGCUUAAUAUGUCAUUUAAAAUAAACAUUAGUUUCAGGGUCUUUGGGAUGGUUAUUUUGCCAAGGAACUUCAGUUUACGGGUUAGAAUUAAGUGCUUUUGUUAAAAAAGACAUACCUUUGAGCAGUUCUUUCAGUUAUAUUGGUCUGCUGUAUAAAGGGACUCAAUUCUAAAACCACUUUUCAAAAUAUUAGGUUAUUUUUAAAAUUUAAAGUCAGUUUAUAAGUAGAAAUAGUAUUUUAUGCAAAGAAUGUGGUAAACUUUAGGUAAGAGUUUAGAUGUCCCCUUCUCCCCCACCAAUUAUGAUACAAACAAAAGCAAACAACUAGCCUUACAGUAAUUUCAAAGUUAACACAGGAAAACAUUGAUAUUUAGGUUACUGAUGAGACUCAUUGGUACUGACUGGGAAGUAUUCUGCUUUAAAGUAUUGUGUAUUAAAAUGUUUAAAAGAAAUAGCAUGUGUUAAGUGAUAAAUGCAAAAUAUCAUGUUACGCUUGAAAUGGUUCACAGUAAAUUAUUACUUUAGUCUCUGGGCACUUAAACCUGUACUGUGCUACAGGCAAACUAGGGAAAAACCUACUUAAAGUAUGGUAAAUGUGUAUUUAAAAAAAAAAAAAAAAAAAACCCAAAACCUCAUUUCCUGUCUCAAGUGACAUACUUUUGACACUUUGUUAAGGAACCUCGGUACUUUCCUUUUAUUCUUGUUACUUUGAAUAUUGUUUUUCAGUGUUGCCUGAGGACUUUUUGUAACUGAGUGGCGGUGAACAAAUUAAUGUUUUAAAUACAGAGCAUGAAUAACUGGUUGUGUAACACAGCUUAAUAAAAACUAGACGUUUUUCAAAUA